UGACUUUAUUUACUUCAUGUACAUUAUUAUGUAUAAAACAUUUUUAUCGUCGUAAUGUUAAUUAUCGGAUGUUUUAGUGAGAACAGAGCAAAACCGGAACUGGACAACAUGCGUAUGUGCUUUAGGAGGCAGCCAUGACUUUUAGUUGUUGUUAUCGCCAUGAUUGUCUUAAAAAAUGACUGCAUGAGCUGUCUAGUCCAUUCCAGGGCAGGAUGACCACAGAGCCUGCUCACCUAGAGAUGCUGCAGGUGCUGUACCACAGCGAUGAUUUCAUUGUGGUGGACAAACACUGGGACAUCCGCAUUGACAGCAAAAUGUUUUACGAAAAACACACGGUGCAGGCCCAACUCCGGCAUCGCUUCCCUCAGCUGGCAGAUCCUAGCACCUACUAUGGAUUCAGGUUCUGUCAUCAGCUGGACUUCUCCACCAGCGGAGCUCUGUGUGUAGCAUUGAAUAAGGCAGCCGCAGGUCGAGCCUUUCGCUGCUUCAAGGAUCGAACUGUCACCAAAGCCUACCUCGCCCUGAUUCGUGGCUCGGUUGAAAAACAGAAACAAACUCUGGACUUCUCUAUUGGCAAGAACUCCUCGGAGGGAAAAACACAUAUGAUGUGCAUCGAGGGAACAGAAGGCUGUGAAAACCCUAAGCCUUGCCAAACUGAGCUGACAGUGUUGGAGUACGGGCUGUAUGAUGGAGAUCCUGUCACCAAGGUGCUGCUGCAGCCACUUACUGGCAGAACUCAUCAGCUAAGAGUCCAUUGCGGUGCCAUAGGUCACGCCAUCGUUGGUGACUUCACAUACAGCUCAGGAGCAGACGACGCCCCCUACAGAAUGAUGCUGCACGCUCACCUCCUCCACAUUCCCUUAGAACCUCAGCCCCUGCUGGUCUCUGCUGGAGACCCUUUUAUCCCCACAGUGGAUCCAAAAUGGAUUCCACAGCGCUCGGUGAGGACAGUGACGGCCACUGUGAAGGCCCUGCUGGAGCGCAGGUUGGAAGAAGACAGGAAGAUGAAAGAGGAGGCAGAAGUGAGGGCCCGGAGGGAGAAAGAGGAGGAGAUGGAGCGAAAGAAUAAACAGAGGACUGAGGAGGAGAGUGAGGAGCACAGGAGGCUGUGUCAUCAGUGGCUGAGUGAUUGGGCUGCAGAAUGA